UUCAAUAGUAAUAUUACUAGUUCACUUGUACUACAGUCUAAAUCAUCACCAACGGUACCAUGACAGAAACCGCCGUUCUCGCUUCCCCGGCACCAGUCGCUGCGUCGCCGGCCGCUAAAAAGGUGCCCGCUAAGAAGAAGACUGCUGCUGCUGCUGCCAAGGCAAAAAAGCCCGCCGCGACUCAUCCGACCACUUCCGUGAUGGUCACGUCUGCCAUCAAGGAACUCAAGGAGAAAAAAGGUUCGUCUUUACCGGCUAUCAAGAAAUACUUGGCUGCUAAUUACAAAGUCGAUCCCGCCAAGCUGGCGCCGUUCAUUAGGAAAUUUCUGAAAGCCGCCGUCGCCAACGGAACAGUCGUUCAGACCAAAGGCACAGGCGCUUCUGGUCACUUCAAACUACCGGUCGCCGAGGUCAAACCGAAAAAAGCAGCUGUAGUCAAGAAAAAGAAACCAGUCGUCAAAAAAGUCAAAGCUCCCGGUGCCGUAAAGAGGAAAUCGACGUCCGCUAAGAAGGUGAAGCCCGCUUCCGGCGAACCGGCAGCUAAAAAAGUCAAAAAAGCUGUCGCCGCUAAACCUAAGGCUGCCAAACCGAAAAAAUCUCCGGUCAAGGCGAAAAAACCUGCUGGCGCUGUCAAACCCAAGGCGAAGAAAACUCCAACCAAGAAAACAGCAGCUCCCAAAAAGAAGUAAAUUGAUCCAAAUCGAUCAUCUUCAACCCUUAAAACGGUCCUUUUCAG